ACAGUGGCUAUCGAGUUGUGAAAGUUAGUUAGCUAGCUAGCUAGCUAGCUUCUUAUCUUGAGUUGUGGCUCAGACAAUGGCUACUUUUAUAUGAAUGUGACAGACACUGACAUUUCAACAAAAACAUGCGCAUAGACACAGCCAGUUAUUAUUCCCUAACCUCACUAGCUAGUUUGAUACUCUGAACGUGCAGGACGUUGCUUCUCUGAUGAUCAUGCGAUAGUAAAUGUGUACGCCUCCAGUGCCUCCUUUAGUCCAUGAUGACCCACACUGCUUCCUAGUAUGUGAGGCGGAAUGACUCUAUUUCCCCCCUGACCCCUGAACCCCAUCAUGGGCAGUGUGGGUAGCGGAGUGGCUGGGGAGCAGGAGUUUGCCAUGAAGUCCGUGGGCACUAGGACCACCCUGCCCCGUGCCCCGCCCCUGUCUCGCCGUUGCCCCGCCGACCGCAGCUGCAGUGCCGAUCGGCUCCCCCCGCCCCCAACAGCGGCCUCGGAGGAGACCGCGUCUAGUGACGAACGAGGAAGUGUCAGUAUUGGGACCGGGACUGGAACCGGGACUUGUGCUGGUACAGAGCGGCCCCUGGACUCUGACAUGGACCGCAUCACCACAACGGCGUCCAACUGCGUCCGGGGGGAAACCGGGGUGGGAUAUGGUAACGGAGCAGGAAGAAGGGAGCGGGAGAGGGAGCGGGAGAGUCGAGGGAGGGAUAGAGAGAAUCGGGAGAGGGAGACUAGAGAGUGGGAGAGAGAGUCAAGGGGAGGGAUGGGGAGUCUGAAUGGAAGCGGUAACAUCGGGGGGAACGACAGCGGGCCUGGAAUGACACCCCGACAACACAGAGACACAGGAGGGACUAAACCAGAAAGCCACAAAAACCCACCGAACCCUAACCCACCCAAAAUCCUGCCCGUCUCUGGAAAACUGGAGCAGAACAACUCUGGCUUAGUUCGACCUUCUGCCUUCAAACCAGUGGUUCCCAAAAGCUUUCACUCCAUGCAGAACCUUGUUGGCCAAACCAGCGUGGCUGGAGGCGAGGGUAGGGGAGUGGGGGGGCGCAGAGAAGGAGGAGCGGGGGGUGGUGAACCAGGAGCAGUCCCAGAGGCCCUCCUGCUAGACCAGGACAGCCCAGGAAGAAGCAGCUGCCGGGCGGAGCGAGCCAGAGGGGGUGAAGAGAACGGAGGGGUACAGGGGGGGAUGUCAGAUUCAGGGAGAAACUCCCUGACCAGCCUGCCCACGUACGCAGGCUCCGGGUCGGGCUUUGUGCCCCCAGCGGCCCUGGGGCCUCUCAGUGCUUCCACCAGCCAUAUCAACAUACUGGGGACCAAUGCUGGAGCUGCUGCAACCCUUGAGUUGGAGAAACCAGCUUACCAGAACGGGCUGAGUGCGUCCGACAGUGGACGCUCCUCUUCAGGAAAGAGCUCCUCGUCUUACCAGAGGCUCAGUCACCUUGGGGACACCCCCGCACCCCUACGUCCCUCGCCCUCCUCCGAUGACUUCAUCCAAGACCUGGAGGAUCGGCUCUGGGAGAAGGAGCAAGAGGUGCAGCACAUGCGUCGUAACUUGGACCAGAGUGAGGCGGCCAUCGUCCAAGUGUUUGAGGAGAAGCAGCGCGUGUGGGAGAGACAGAUGGACGAGCUGCGUCAGAACUACGCCUCCCGCUUGCAGCAGGUGACACGGCGUGCCCAGCGUUCCCAGAAUGCCCUGCAGGCUCAGAUCACCCGUCUGUCGCAGGACAAGCGACGCUUGCAGGAAGAGAUGGCUGCCCUGCUAGCCCAGAGAGAGGAGCUGGAGAGAAAAUGUCUAAACUUUAGGAAAGAACAGGCCGAUAUACUGCCACGCCUAGAGGAGACCAAGUGGGAGGUGUGCCAGAAGGCUGGGGAGAUCUCCCUGCUCAAACAGCAGCUGAGGGAGAGCCAGGCCGAGGUGACCCAGCGGGCGGGCGAGAUGGUGUCCCUCCGGGGCCAGCUGAAGGAGGCCAACGCCCAGCUGAGGGACAGGGAGGAGGCAAUGCUGGGCCUCAAGGACUCAUACACCGCCAAGAGCCUGGAACUGGAGCGCUGCCAGGGAGAACUGAGGAGGACCCUGACCGAGGUGUCUAUCCUGAGGGAGAAGCUUAGCGUGUUUGAGGCUGAGGUUCUGGGUCUUAAACGAGCUCUGGGAAAACUGGGCGGAGGAGCUGAUUCCACCAUAACCCAAAACCUAGGAGUGGGGUGUCUAGUCCCCACAUGGGGUGCUCUCUACAGCCCCCAGACCCAUUCAGAGCCCCCGGCUACCCCCCUUACCCCCACCUCGGAUGCCCUGCUCAGCCUCCAGAGCGAUGAGGCAAAAGCCCAGAGGCAAGAGGCGCAGAGACAAGAGAGGCAGCAGCGUGAAGAGGCCCAGUGGCAUGAAAUGCACCCUGAUGCUCACCAGCGCCAGGAGGCUCGACAGCGCCAAGAGGCCCUCCAACGUCAGGAGGCACUCCAGCGCCAGGAGGCCCUCCAGCGCCAGGAGGCCUAUCUCCGUCAAGAGGCCCAUCUCCAACAGGAAGCCCAACUGCGAAAGGAAGCUCAACUUCGUCAGGAGGCCCACCUUCACCAGGAGGCCCAGCAGCGUCAGGAAGCACAGCGAGAGGAGUGGGGAAACCUGCUAGAGCAGCUAGAACAGCUCCAGGGGGCCUUACGUCUAGAACGCCAACAGAGAGAGCGACAGGCCCUCAGUUUCGACCAGGAGCGGAACACCUGGAUUGAGGAGAAGGAGCGCGUGCUGAAAUAUCAAGCGCAGCUUCAGGUCAGUUAUGUUGAGACUCUACAGAAGAAUCUAGUUCUGGAGAAACAGGUGGGACAGCUGGGGGCCAAACUCACCCCCUCCCCCUCCUCCUCAAGCUCCCCUCCCCCAUCACUGACCCUGUCAACCCUCCCUCCCCUGCCCUCAGUCCCGCUCCCCUCCAACAUUGCCCUCACCCUCUCCCUCCCCCCCUGCGAGGACCAGAAAAGCCCCCCUUCCCUCCUCCAGCUGCCCAACCCCUGGGCUGGACCCUCGCGCCUUGAGAGGAUAGAGUCCACGGAGAUCUAGUGAGAAUCCAUUCUACAGAAUAGCUUCAUCCUCAGAUAGGCUACAAAGGCCAUUAAACAUCAGCUGUACCAUUGAGUAUUAUACAGUUCAACUUACAGCAUAGAACUAUAGAUUAAAGAGGAUCCUAUCAAACUACAGCCGAUAACAAUGCAGUGGUGAGGAAAACAUUAUUAUUGUAAAACAUCAACUGACCUGCUGCAUUAAAGAAUGCAAUGUAAAACAUGUUACAAGCAACAUACUGUAUCUGCAUAUUAAAAGUAAACCAAUCCAUGCUUUCCAUGAUAAAGGAUAUAUUGUUUACCAAGCUGUCUUUGGUGGGAAGCAGUGACACAAAAAUUUUAACCAGAUUGGCACCAAAAGUACCAAGACUAGUUAAAAUGCAAAUACUCAUGUUAUUUUUCUGGAAGAUUUUUGAGGGUAGUUUUCCUAACCGCAUGUAUGGUCAUUUGAAAGGGGGUCGUGGGAAACUGGAAACAGAACUUGAUCACAGGAGGAUUUUAGACUUUUUUAGGAGGUGAAUAUUAGUUCAAUUGGUUGUUGGUUGGUUUCAUUUUGGCUAAUUUCCUAAAGUGUCUUGAGAUUAAGUCAACCAUGACUUUAAAUGAUUCAGAUAGUAGCUUCAGGGAUAUUGGAAGACCUGGUGCUUUGGCACUGCGAACUGUCUGCAGUGACUAAAGAUGAACACAAGAGGUCAGCAUUGAUCUGUGUCAGGACUCCCCACCAGCAGAGGAAAUUACUUGAAAAUGGGUUUGUUCUGUAGUCUGAAGUAGAGACACAAUGUCAGUGUCUUUACUCCAAUGUUGUUAUUUGAGAGAAUGAUUUUCAUGAGCAAGAGUCUUGGAAGAGUGUGACGAAAGAGAUGGGUGAGAAAAGUGAUGGAAGACAGGGUUGAAACUGCCUUCAUAUGGAAAAGUAAGCAAGUGAGAGUGUGUUAAUGUAAGAAUCAACGGCUUGGUCCAGUGAGAGGCUGUAAACUAUGCCAUCAAUUUCACCUAUCCAGCCUUUCAAAUCAGCAAGGGUGCAAGAUUCCACAAUAGAAUGCAACCCAAAGAGUUUGAGGACCAAACAAAGGGAAACUCUGGGAGAUUAGCAAUUGAAGCAAAGUCUGUCUUCCUGCUCCUCCAUCUUCCUCUCCGUCGCUACUCAAAAAUGUAUAUGUGGUUGAGGAGAGUCAGCUGGUAGGAACCUCCAACUAUGUUGGCUGAUCCUUCGUGAUUGGAAAAGCCAAUGAAGUUGGAUGUCCCAUCCAGUUGACUACAUUGAAAUGCCCUCAUUGGCAUUACUAAAAAGGUAUUUUGGCCACUAGAGGCCUCUAUCUUUAAUUUCCUUGACAGUUAUAACUUUUUUUUUUAUCCGCCACACCCGCUUUGAGCCAGCUGUUGUUUUCUUGAAUGAGAAAAGCAUGCACAUCUCUAAAAAGUGUAUGGUACCUUUUUACCUUUUAAAUGUAUUGCACACAUUUGUUUGGAUCACCUACACAUUCCUUUGGGGAUUCCACCCAUAAAACAUAAUUUGCCUGAUGAUUUACCAAGUAAAAAAGAAUGCCAUUUCAUACAAACACAUUUAUUAUUAUUUUUUGCAUCUUUCAACAUAAGGUCUUUAAUUAUCAUUGACUGAAUUUCACAGUGUUUUACAGACGAUGGAGGACAGGAGGACAGAAAAAAAAUGUGAGAUUUUCCCACUGUCUUUCCCUAGGUAGGUUUCAGAAUUACUGCACUAUGUUCUGUUAAAGAGAUCAGAGAAAAAGGGGGUUUAUUAAAUAAAUGUGAAUAUUGUGGCUUUUAUGUGUGUAUGUUUAUUCCAGCAUAUAAAAAUGAAGUACUGAGUGUGAAUAUUUUUUCAAAGAUAAUUGUUACUAUUGUUAGUGUAUAUUCUUCUCCUAGUGGAUCGGACAAGUAUUAAAAGCAUAUGUUUACCUUUUUCUGUAUGAAUGCUAGCGUAAAUCUAUUAAAUGGUACUACCACAUUAACCAUAUCCAAAUAUAUUGUUCAUUUUAUUUGAAUGUUGUUUAUAUCAAAGUUAUUGAUGUAUUGUUUUAGAGAGCAAAAUGCCAUCAAUGUUUUUGUACUUAUUUUUCUUGUAUUUAUGUUACUGUAAUGGCUUUACAAAAAUCAUUCCUGGGUGAAAUCCAACCAAAUGAAUAAAGAUGCAAGUAAAUCAA